AUGAAUGAGAUAUUUAAAUUAGUAUUGAAUUAUAUUAAUUAGGUAUGUUUUGAUGGAACUUAAUAAAAGAAAUGGUCAUAAUGUAAAGAUUUAGAUAGUUAACUUUAAUUUAUUAGAGAUGCAAUACCUUAAAAAAUAAAUGAGGCAACUAAAAAUUAUGAUUAUGAAGCCUUAGAAAAAUAAGUUUAAAAAUAUGAACAUGAGAUUCGUAAACACAUAAGAGUAAAGUGUUUAUCAAAAUUUAAAUUAGAUGGAAUAAUAAAUAAAAUUAUAUGCAGAAUCGUUAUAAUAAAAAUUAGAAGAAUAAGAAAGUGUUAAUGAAUGUUUGAUUAACACAAAACAAUUAGUCAAUGUAAUUAUUCUAUAUUUCUAGUCUUUAAAAAAAGAGAAUCAAUAAUUGAUAGAAUAAAUCAAAAGAUUAUAAAGUGAAAAUUAUAUGUUAAAAUCUAAACUAAAUGAAGUUAAUGAAAGAAUAAACAGCCAUUAGACAUCUCCUGUAUAUGAAAAAUAAAAAAAUCAAGAUUCCUAUAAUGUCAAAGUAAUAAUCUAAAGUAUAUUAAGAAUAGCUAAAGAUAUUAGACUAUUGACUUUGUAGGUCCAAAAUAGAAAAUUAAUUCAAGGAAUAUAGAUGAUUAUAGUAAAUAAUACUCAGAAGUUAAAACCUAAAUAAGUAAUACUAUUGAUAGUUCCAUCUUAAAGAUGCUUUAAAACCGUCGAGAUUCUUUAAAAUUGAAUGAUACUUAUAAAUCAUCAAGAGAUUCAUAAACUAUAGAGAAAAAUGAUUCAAAUAAAAUUAAGUCUUGUAUCAAUUAAUAAAGAGCAUCAAGUUAAUAAUAGAAAACAUAGCAUAAAUAAAUAAUUGAUUAAAGUUCUUAAUAAGUAAGAACUACAACAGAGAAUGUUAAAUUUGAUUUAAAAAAUUAAAGUGAUAAUUUAAGGGCAUUUUUGAAUACUUAAACUUUCCUUUGUAAUAAGAAGAAUAAGACAAAUUCUAGGCCUGAAAAUAGAUAUAACAAAAGUCAUAGUGAACAUUAAAAUGCUAAUUUAAAUUAUGCAGAUUUAUAAAAGUAUUUUUUAUAUGAUAUUAAGAACCAAUAAAAUCCAAAAAGAGUAUUUAUAAUUUUCAUAAAAUUAUUAAAAAUAUUUAGAUAAUUAGCUAUGA